CCCAGCCACCCCCCUCUCUGCCUCUAUCUCAGGCAUUUACAUGCAAAAAAACAACAUAAGUCACGGAAAAGCAAAUCAUGCCAAAACAGGGAGUCCAUAAACAGUUUGGGGAUUAAUAGGGAAUGAUGCGCAGGGCCCGUGCCUGGCGAUGGGCACACGUUUAGAAACAGUGAGAGGAAAACAAUGGAGAAGUUGUGUUUGUGAAGAUUUGGGGCCAAAGAAGAAGAAGAAAAAAAACUUGUAUCGCUUUCUCUCUUGGCACGGAUGCGGUUUCGGGAAUCGACAACAUGUUAAACUGCAGAUGGACCACAACUAAGAAAAGGUGCUUGGAUGUGUAACAGCUACCCGUGGAGUUGCCAAUGCGUGUGUGAGAGCCGUAACAAAAGACAUGAACAAUGGCAGAAAGCGAGGAGAAGAAUGCGGCUGUGUAUCGCAGCGUCUCUUUCAGAAAGCUGGGGUCCUGGGACGCCACCAGGAGGGAAGAGCAGCCACACAAAUCAGGGGAUUUGGAGGCAGUUGGCGUUGCCCUUCCCCCGGAGCCCAGCAAAGCAGAGCAGCCCUUGACGACGCGUAAUGUCAGUGUGUCAAGAAAAGUUUCCAAAAUCUCUGCCACCACCGCCAGCCUCCUAACCGCAGAGCCAAAGAGAGGCUCUCCCACUCUUCUCUCCUUCAUUUCUCCAUCCAUCCGGGAGCUGACUGAGAAGUUCAGCAACAGCAGCAGCAGGAGGAGUAACAGCAGCGGCUCCGCCAGGACGCACACAGCCUCGCCGGGAGACUGUGCAGCGAACACGCGGGGGAGCAGCACUUUUCCCCGGGCCCGAGGCUCCAGGAGUGACGGGGUUCCACCUGGGAAAACUUUUCAUGAGGACAGCGGCGGUGUUGGUGGUGGAUAUUUCCAGGAUAGUGACAGCGCAACAGCAGAGCCUCUUUCAGACAACAAAGCGCUGAAGUUUCACUCGGGCACCGACUCUGUGUCAGGCUCAGACUCGGACAGGAAAAGCGACAAGCGGAUUUUUAGAAGUUUAUCAAGCGACAGCGGCGGCAAGUCGGGUAAGAGAGACUAUUCCCAGAUUAAUGCACCUCCUUCUGAGCUCACAAAGACUUUGACUCCAGAUGAAGAGGAGGAUGUUAGCAGUAGAGGGGUUCCUCCACCCUGCAAAGCCCACAGAAGUUAUCACGCCACACACUACACUGACUUUCUCCCUCUGCACUCUGACAAGUGGCCCAGUGUUACUAAAAUUAGACAGCUGUUUGAUGAGAGGCAAAGCAAGCCUUUGCAGCAGGGCAAAACUGUUGAAGCUUGUGAGGAUUUAAAGGCAGCUGGCCGAGGCCAUCUGCAGGAGCUCACCUGCAGCUCCGAGAGACACAGACUGUGUCCCUGCAGCUCAGCUAAUGAAGGCUGUGACCUGCCCUUUCAUGACAAGUGCCUAGCUGGAGUACAGAGCAGAGAGAGUGGUGCUGCUAAAGAGACUUUGACGUAUGGUUUGCACUUUUACUCCAAAUCCGAUCACCAUCGGCACUCAAAUGAUGAGGAGGCAGACGUAGAGGCAAGCAGUCAGAGUAACAGAGUGUCUGGAAGAAACACUUCUGGUAGCAGUUGUGGUCGCUACCACGGGGUUAAAUCAUCUCCAUACAGAUCUCAUAGUCCCAGCACUGAGGCGGCGGCUCAGGCCCCCAGAGCGACAGGAUUGACAUCUGACCCUAACCCUGACCUUCAACCCUGUCCUGCUUCGUCUCGGAGUCAAUCGGAGAGCUCAGACACCACCUCCUGCUCCUCCUCUCUUCACCAGCCGACAGCGAGGGAGAGAAGGGAUAGACAGGGGGUCGGGCUGCCCAGGGAUAGUUUACAUUCCUUACAUAGCUCCUCUAGAGCUCCAGCCCCCUCCGCCUCCUCUCCCUCUGCUCCAGCUCCAGAUAAAGCCAUUACCGCCUCCUCCUUCUCCUCCUCCUCCACUGUAGCUCCCUCCACUGAGUUAACACACCCAGCGAAAGUUGCUUCUCCCCUCAGCUCCCGCUGGAGGUUUAGCUCUGGAGACGAAGAGGAGGAGCAGACCAGGAGAAAAAGAGGAGGCAGUUGGAGUGCUUCUUAUAAGCCCUCUCCGUCUGUCUCCUACCGAGCAGGAGAGAGGGGUGACACAGAGCGAGGAGGCAGCUAUUUAUCCCGCAGUAAAAAUGGCUGGUGGGGCACAAAGGCCAUUGGCAGGUCUUCAGGCAGCGAGGAGGACAGUCCUGGUUCUUUAGGCCCUCACUGCCGAGAGGCAGUCCGCCGGCGCUCGCUGAGAAAGAAGAAGAAAGUCAGCGGGGGUGCUCUAAUAACAGGCCGUGAUGACUACGAUGAUCAUGAUGGCGAAUCAGAAGACAGUGACAGUGAUGCGGCCGUGACGAUGGAGCACCUAGAGAGGCAGCACCAGCAAAACACAGGAGGGGAAUUUGGGGGGGCGGUAACCCGGAGCCACACGGCACGAGAACCCAGCAGUCACAGAGCCAGGGUGCAGCAGUGGGAGCGCAUCACCUCACCUGUGACCUCAGUGACGCUCCCGGGUGUGUCGCGAGUGUCAAAGGUCAGCAUACCCCCAUUUCUGUCCAGCCCUGGCGAGUCACGUUGCAGCAGCCGGUACUCCAGCACUGAGACGCUGAAAGAGGAGGACUUGGCUGGCUGUGCCAACCGUGCAGCUAAUGUGUUGUUUAAUGCGAGGGGAGCAGAAGGUAGCACUAGUAGAGCGGCGGCGUCUUCCGUGUUGAGUAAAACUUACCAUGGGAAUUUUACCAUGUACCGCUCCCCGAGCUUCGGCCACGGGGACAACUUCUCCCGCGCCCCUGUGCGUGUGCGCCCCAAGAUUGUGCCAACUGUAACAUCGUUGCCUAGUGCACCUGCCAGAGAAAGUGGGUUAUCUUCAGGGAAGAGAGGUGGUGAGAGUGUGGGAUUAAGGAAAAUAACAGCAGGGGGUAGGGUCAGUGAUAAUGAGAAACACCAGAUAUCCACAUCCAACCCUGAUAUCACCUCAGAAACUAUGACGCUCUUAAGCUUUCUCAAAUCUGACCUGCCGGGCCUGAGGGUGCAUAAAUCAAGUGGAGGGGAUAGAUCAGGGGUUGGGGAGGGGUCAUCAUCAGUGUAUAGAAUGGGUUCAGGGGCUCACGGUGGGACCCUGCUAUCUUUGGGGCGCCGCCCGUCUCUCAAAGACCUGACAGCCACUUUGCGGCGUGCAAAAUCCUUUACUUAUUCAGACAAACCUGCUCCUGCCACCAGGUGUUACUUGACAAGCGGCCCCACAAAGAGGAGCUCCUCUGAGCAGCGGCUUGAUUCGGAUGGAGAGAGCAGUGGAGGGAGGGUGGUGGUGUCAGACAGGGAAGUAGAAAGUGACGGGGGAGAUUUUAGGGUUGGGAGAGGGCGCAGAAUGAGGGAUUAUGGAUUUGAUGGUGAUUUUGAUGAUGAUGAAGCGAUGCCAGUGCAAGACAUGUAUGUGCAGGAAGCCAGACAGGUCAUUAGAGAUAUCUGCCAGAUGAGCACGAGGGAAGAUGAUGACGACGAUUGUGUAGCUGUAAGAGGAAGUGACAGUAUUUCUAGGGCUGAAUGUUUGAAGUUUAAGAAAACAAUCGAGGAGAAGGAGAAGGCCGGGGAGGGCAUAAAGGAUGAGGCAAGGAGAGAUCAAGGGGCUGAGUUUGAGAGCACAAAAGACAAGGAUAAACAUAAGAGGGAGAGUGAGAACAAGGUGAGGGAGAGGGAUGAGAGAGAUAAACAAAGUAUGCAGAUGGAAAAGCUAAACAGCAGGGGCACAGACUACUGGGAGAAGUCAAAGAGACAGAGUGGAGAGCUGGAGAGAGCUACGCUGAAGGGUGAUUCGGAUGAAAGCAUGUUCUACGACCGCUCUGUGGAUGAACUUUCGGGCCCUGAGUCGAGUUUAACAGAUGAAGGGAUUGUGACGGAGCCUGAGACGGGCCCCGGUGACCCCUCGGAUAGGUCAUAUUUGGGCUCAGAAGGGGUCGAUUUGGGGUCAAGAAUAGCAUGGGAUGUGCUAGAGCAGCCGGUCACUGUAUGGAAGCAGUCUGCUCUCCAUGAGGCGGACGGGUUUAAGCAGGAGGGAGAAAAGAUCACAGAGAACAGCUUGAGCUGUGUAAAUCGUCUGAAUGAGGUGAGCGCGCCUCGCACUAUGCCUCUUCCUGCCCGUGUGGCUGAGAAUGACAGCUUUGUCACAGAGCAGAACACCGCUGCUGGUAUCGCCAACGUCAGUGAGGGGAUCCACGGUAACAGUGCCGUGUCGCAGGGGUCAGCAGCCACUGCGGGAGGAGGGGGAGGAUCUGAAACCCCCGCAACCCCGAACGCUGUCCGUCGAAGGCGCAAAUUCUCCCCCUCUGGUAACGCGGGCUCUGAUUCCAGUAAUGGCAGCAAUGCAGAGUCAACAACAGGAUCAGCUGUGGGAAAUGGGGAGUCUACAGUCUACCGCUCUCUCAGUGACCCCAUGCCUCAGCGGCGCUGUUCUGUGGCAGAAGAGGGGAACAACAACUUUUCUUCUGUGGACAGCAACCUGUUAGGAUCCCUGUCUGUCAAAGGUGGAGGGGGAGGUGCUCCAGAAGCCUCUGCUGUGGGCACGCUGUCAGAAUAUAAGGGCAGCGUAGCCAGUGACCUGUCAGUUUGCAGUGAUGGCGGGCUCCGUGAUGACGCCAUUCGGGAUUACAGUGGGGUGAUCAGGAACAUUGUGGCUGAGCCAGGUGCGAUGGACAGACUGAUGGCAGAUGAGCACAGCAAUGGCAAAGCCCCCAAGAAGAAGUCAUUCAGUGACCCCAGUCGCCGUAGUGAUGCCCCUUUUAUUUCUCAAAAUGACCCUCAGUGCAGAGGUCAGACUGGCAGCACUCACCCAAUCAGUGAGCUGGAGCACCCGGGCCAGAUUCCACCUUCCAGCAGCGAGCCAAUCCUGAGCGAGCAGAGAGAGGAACUGUGGGAACCCGAAGUUAAACCUAAGCAUGCGCAUCUGCAUCAGCAGCCGAAUGGCAGUAAUAAAGUCACAAAGGCUCGCUCCCUGUCGGAAAGCACCCCUCCCUCUGAAUACCACGAUGAUGAAGAUGGUGAUGUCAUAGACCAAGGUGAAGAGGACGAGGUGCAGAAGUUUAACUUUGACCUUAAACUAGCCGGAGCUCUGUCUCCCAGAAUGAAUCGUCGGCCCACCAGAAAACGUCCAAACAGGUUGAUGUUCUCCCCUCCUGAGGAUCCAUUUGAGCCGGCGGAGCUGGGCUCAGAGGGGCGCGAGAACCGCAGCGACCAAACCAAGCUCGCAUCUCCUCUUUCCCCACUGCCACUGCAGUCCAAACCCAAAACCAUACCCAAGCAUGCCCGCCACACCAGCGAGCCCACCACCUUCAUCCCCAUCUCCCCACCUCCACAACUCCAGCCCCUCAAGGAGGUAGACUUUGCUGUCCGAUCCACUACAGAACCCCCGCCCGGAAGCAGGCCUUCAGGAGAUGAGGCCCCUUCGCUGGAGGAUGUGACGCAGAAAUACAUCCUUGAUCUGAGCACUUCUGAAAGGGACCCCGAGGGCCCAGGAGCGCUUUCAGCACACUGCGCAGUGUCAGCUUCAGAGGGACCCAGCGAGAUCAGCCCCACUGGAGUGGCAGAAGCCGGACCACAGAAGAAGGAAGACGCUCCAUCUGCGCCCACGCCACAGAGAGCCAAGCCUAAAGUGGAUAUGAGGAAGCAUGUCAUGAUGACCCUCUUAGACACAGAGCAGUCAUAUGUGGAGUCACUGCGUACUCUCAUUCAGGGCUACAUGCGUCCUCUCAAACAGCCGGACAGCGGCUCUAUAGUGGACCCCCUGCUGGUGGACGAGAUGUUCUACCAAAUCCCAGAGAUCCUGGAGCACCACGAACAGUUCCUGGAGCAGGUCUCCGGCUGCGUGAGCCAGUGGCACGACAGGCAGACCGUUGGACACCUUCUUAUCCAGUCGUUCUCCAAAGAAGCACUAGCUAACAUGUACUCUGCAUACAUUGACAACUUCCUCAAUGCUAAAGAUGCUGUGAGGAUUGCCAAGGAGGCCAAGCCAGCGUUUCACAAGUUUCUGGAGCAAAACAUGCGUGAGAACAAGGAGAAGCAGGCUCUGGGAGAUCUGAUGAUCAAGCCGGUGCAGAGGAUUCCUCGAUACGAGCUGCUAGUUAAGGAUUUGCUCAAGCACACUCCAGAGGAUCACCCAGACCACCCGUACUUAUUGGACGCCCAGAGGGACAUUAAACGACUGGCGGAGAAGAUCAAUAAAGGAAGACGCUCUGCUGAGGAGGCAGAGAGGGAAGCCAGGGUCAUCCAGGAGAUUGAGGCACACAUAGAAGGAGUCGAGCACAUUCUAAACCCCCAGAGGAAGUUCUUGAGACAAGAAAUAGUCAUGGAGGCGAAGACAGUGGGUGGAAAGAAGGAUCGUUCCCUCUUCCUCUUCAGUGAUCUGAUCAUCUGCACCACUCUCAAGAGGAAGUCUGGCUCAUUAAGACGCAGCUCCAUGAGCCUAUACUCUGCUGCCAGCGUGAUUGAUACUUCAAGUAAAUACAAGUUUUUGUGGAAACUUCCCCUGGAGGAUGUGGAGGUGGUGAAAAGCUCCACGCAGGCAACAAAUAAGGACAGUAUCCAGAAGAUGAUUGGCCGGUUAGAUGAGGAUCUCAGCACGCUGGGUCAGAUCAGCAAACUGGCUGAGACCCUCAGCCUCCCACACCAGCCCCUAGACGAGGUAAUAAAGGAUCUGAUGGCCUCGGUGCACAGGGAGCUGUCAGAUAAACAGUCGUUGGCCUUCAGUGUGACCUUCCUGCCCACGAAGCUGGAGUUGACCACUGCUUCUGCAGAGACGAGCUUCAUUUUUGAGUUUGCUACACCCGAUGCUCGCUCCAGCUUCGAGCAGGCCUUCGAGGAGGCCAAGAAAAAAUUAGCUAUGAAUAAGGACCAGUGGGACCCAGAGUUCCUGAAGGCUAUUCCCAUUAUGAAGACCCGCAGUGGAAUGCAGUUUUCAUGCGCCUCUCCCAGCCACAGCUGUCCAGACAGCGGAUGUGAAGUGUGGGUGUGUAACAGUGACGGAUACGUGGGACAGGUUUGUCUGCUGAACAUCAAAGAUGAGCCCACAGUGGAGGCGUGUAUCGCUGUCUGCUCAGCCAGGAUUAUCUGUAUUGCUGCAGUACCGGGACUUAAGGGAAGGGAGCGUGGAUCAGAGCCUCCUCUUGCACCUACCUCUGUGGCAGCUGGUCACACCCAGCAGCAGCUCCUCAUAUCCAUUUCUCAGUCAACUCCAGAAUUAACAGAGCAACCCACAGGACCAGGGGCGGAGCUUGUUCCAUUUGACAGUGAUGACACAGACGACGAAGAUUCCCCCAGUCCCUCUUCAACCCUACAGAGUCAGGCCAGCCACUCCACCAUAUCGUCCAGCUACGGCAAUGACGAGGGUCCAGGCUCCAAGGACAUGGCUACAGAGACCACCAGCAGUGAGGAGGAGCAGGAGUUCCCAGUGCCGAGCUCAUAUGGCUCUCAAGGGAUGCUGGGGGUCGGUGGUGUAAGCCGCGUCCACGCAGAGAGUCCGAUGGAUGGCCGUGCCAUGCGCCGAUCGUCUCGAGGAUCUUUUACACGGGCGAGUCUGGAGGAUCUGCUCAGUAUUGACCCAGAGGCCUACCAGAGCUCUGUGUGGCUGGGAACGGAGGAUGGAUGCAUCCACGUGUACCAGUCCUCAGACAACAUCCGAAACCGUAAAAACAGCAUGAAGAUGCAACACUCGGCUUCCAUCCUCUGUAUACUGUAUUUGGACAACAAAGUGUUUGUGUCCUUAGCAAAUGGAGAGGUGAUUGUUUACCAGAGAGAAGCAGGUAGUUUCUGGGACCCUCAGUCUUCUCAAACGUUAGUUCUGGGUACACCUACAAGUCCUGUCACCAAAAUGGUUCCUGUAGGAGGGAAGCUGUGGUGUGGCUCACAGAACAGAGUCCUUAUCAUCAACACAACUACACUAGUACAAGAGCACUGGUUCCAGGUGGGCACUGACAGCAGUCGGUGCGUGACAUGCAUGGUGGCGUACGGUCAGGGUGUGUGGCUGGCGUUGCAGGGCAGUGCGCAGGUCAAACUAUACCAUGCUCAGACCUGGGAGAGCCUGACAGAGGUCGACGUGGCACCAGCUGUGCACAAGAUGCUUGCAGGUGCAGAUGCGAUCAUCAGACAGCACAAAGCUGCCUGUCUGAGAAUCACAGCCCUGCUAGCAUGUAAGGAUCUGCUGUGGAUCGGCACCAGUGCAGGGGUGGUUCUUACGCUGGUGAUCCCAGCAGUGAGCUCAGGAACUGUGGCCGGGACUCUGAAAUUUCCCCUGGUGCCAAUGGGCUCAGCUCACGGACACACGGGCCACGUCCGGUUCCUGACGUCAGUCGAACUACCAGAAGGGUUUGACAUGAACUUCCCUCCUAAUACAAGUGACCCCACAGGCAAUCAGUCCCAGAACAGCAGCACAGUUGACGGAAGUCUCCAGAGGCGUGACUCCGCACGUCGCCGAGCUUCUGCGCACAUCCCUCCGAAAACCAACCAUCUAGUCAUUUCCGGUGGCGAUGGUUACGAGGACUUCAGACUGACUAAUAGCAGUGAAACAGUGGGACGGGAUGACAGCACCAACCACCUUUUGCUUUGGAGGGUUUGAGACAAUCGAACUGUUAGUUUUACCGACCUGACCCAACCUCCCUCUGGCUGAAAUCAGCGCACAAGCUCCUCGUCCUUUAACCCCAUCAGACUCCUCACUUUUCGGUGUUGCUGUUGCGUUCUUCUGCUCGGUCCGCUGGUCUCUAUGUGCGUAACGUGGCUGUCGACUCCCCGGACUUCCUAAUGAGUACGAUCACUUCAAAUCCAGUUUUCUUGUGUUAAUGUUUCUGAUGAUGUGCAUGUCUGUGUGUGCUUUUUCGGUUUGUGGCAUCGGCCGAGUAUUGUCAGCAAAAAAAAAAGGUGUCUUUAGACUGAAGGAGCCAGAAGGAGACGGAGAACGGGGACUUGAACUAUCACAGAUGGACAUAUGUUCAAAAUGACAAUGAGAAACAAGAAAAGUCGACUUGGAUAUUGCAGAAUCUCUGCACACGAGGCUGAAAGCGGACGUUUAUGAAAAACUCUGGCAUGAAUCAGGUGAAGCAUGAGCUUGUCCUUUGAAAUUAUGUUUUUUGGAACGAAACACUUCAUCUUAACUUGAGCUUCACAUAAAACGCCUCCCAGUCAUCUACAAAUGAUUAUAAAGAAACUCAACAAAAGUGAAAGAUAUUAACACAGACCGUAGUUUGAUGGAUGUUUGGAAUAAUGAAUUUGCCCUUAUUUUUUCAGCUAGAUUUUAAGCAUAUCGGAGAGUUUUAAAUGUUUGAUCUUGUAAGGAAGUGAAGGACAAACAUCAAUUCCACUGCCAUUGAUAAUACAUGUUACUGCUAACAUCAUCUUUCCUCCUGUUUAGGGAGAGUAAGCAUCAUUUAAGUGCAAUAUGUGGCAGUAGAGGUAUGUAACAAGACUGAACACAUAUACUCCCAUACAUUCAUGCACGGCCUUCACUCAGUGAGUCAAGAGAUUUGUGAAAAGCACGUGUGUUCUCUGUAGAAAAUCACAUCAACAUUUAUCUUUUUUUUUCCACAUAUUGAAUUGUUGUUUAAGAUGGCAGAAGUGUCGAUGAAGCAGUGUCCCGCUACUGGUAGAGGAAAAAAAAAAAAAGUAGAUUGAAGACAUUCCUUCUUAACGCAACUAUGCCAAAGCCUUUUGUGUGUUAAUGUGUUGACACUAAGGGAUCUGAAAAGAUUUCUUUUGCCGUGAAAUUUUCAGUGUUUGGAGCGUUCUGUCACGAGGAGAGACAGGUGAUCUUUAAAGAUGACGAUAGGCUGUGGUAGCAGAUGAAGAUAGUUAUGUACAGUAUUUAUGGUUUUGAUUUUUAGCACCGCCUUUUAUAGCACUUAAUUUAUAGAAGAUGUAGCUUCCACUUUUCUUUUCGAGUUUAAAAACGAGGAGGCUCGGUUAACAAAAUUGAUUACCAGGAGACAGAUCUGCACACGAGGGGUGUAGGGAUACAGUCCGGUCAUGGUUCGGUACGAUUCACAAGACGGGGUUCUUGCACUGUUUUGCAUUAUUUCCCUUUGCGCUGCAUCUCAGAGCAGCUUUUAGGCAGACUGAAAACACAGCCACUCAACCUCGUGAUUGUAUGGAAGUUUGUUUCCGCAGCCAUCUUUAAGAAAAAUUUUGAGUUAGCGCAUUGAAAUUUUGAUUUAUUAACUUGAAAUUUCGAGUUGCGUGGCUUGAAAUUUCGACUUACUCAGAAAUAACUUGAAAUUUCGAGAUGUAUUACCUAAUAAUAACUAAAUACCUCAAAAUUUCGACGUAUCUCUCCUGUGUCACAAACAAGCUUCCAUACGAUUGAGUGCCAACUUCUAGAAUAUGCCUACAUUCUUUUCCAGCUCCACUGUGUGUAUUGUGGCACUUUCUUUACAGGACAUGUAGCGCUAAAAUGUACAUGGAUACACCUCAAACACACCACAUCACACAGACAGGUAGCAGUAGCUGCCGGAGAACCAGAUGCUUGUAAUAAGGAGGAUAAGGACAAAUGCUGAGCAACUGCACGUGCCUUCAGAGAGAUAAAGGUUAAGCCAUUUCACUUACACAUGCACAGUAACGGUGAAAAGUCAGCUCUGCCUCAUCUUAUAGCAGAUGUCAGUGGAAACCAAUCAUGACUACAGCUUGUCCAUGCACACACACACACACACACACACUCGCCAGCCAGGCUUUGGGGUUAAUCUGAGAUUGUCUUUGAUCCCUCCAAGCCUAGCAAACCUAACUGCAUUGCACCUUACCAGCCAUCUGGGCACUUCUCCUCAGCUUUCCCCCAUAUCCAUACAUGAGGAUCCACUGUGAGAGAUAGGCUAACAGCUAAGAGGAUUAGCUGGCCUUUGUGAUAGCUGCUAACUAGCAAGUGAGCUUCUGUUAAAGUGUAAAAAAGUGCUACUUAAGCGCUCUGUUAUCCAGUUGAAAAGUAUUUUUUUAAAAAGAGGUUUUUUCUGGUUCCUCUGUUGGAGAAAAAUUCCCGUAGCCUGUUAGCAAAAAUUAAACGACUAGCUAAACAUUUUGGGACGUAUACUUAUUCAGUUUGCUGUCGAGAGUUAGCUAAAAAGAUUUAUAUAAAUCUCGUGUGUUUAUGAGAACAAAAGUUAAGAAAAAGCUAGCUUAAAAAAACCCCAUCUACCAGUGUUUUUGCGGAAAGCUAAUACCAAACAAAGUGUGUCGGGGUUUAUGUCAGUUUAUAAAAAAUGAAAAAGUAAAGCAGCGAGCUUAUAGGUUAACUAGCUAACAGUUUUUUGUUUUUUCAGCUAAUAGCUGCUUCACUAUUUCCCAUGAUUGUGGUUUUAACUUCUCAUUUAUCAUAUAAUGUGAUCCUGGUGUCAUGGUUUAUGGUACACUUAAGUAACUCUCACAAGAAAAAUAAAAGGUAACGGUUUAAAAUUUUCAGUUUCCGCUAACUUUGAGGUAGCAGACAUUUAUUAAUUUUUUUUUUAUGUUCAACAGAACUGAUUAAUGUUAGUGUGUCUGUGUGAAGAACUGCCCAAGAUAAAAAUUUUGUGUAUUUUUGCUGGCUUUAGAGCCUCAGAGAUCCCUGCAGAAAAGGAGUUGGUAGUCAUAUUGGUCAACAGUGAAAAACAUCUGUGCGCUGUCUCUGCUGUAUUUUCAUGAUGUGGGGUCUAACAUAAUUAUUUUCCUAAGCUUUAAAGUACGGAAGCCUGUUUCUGCCACUGGGAAAAACAAAAAUAGACAAACAGUUACUCAAAAGUUGAAAUUUCGAGAUAUGGAGUCUGUAAGUCGAAAUUAUGAGAUGCGUAAUUUCGAAAGUUUGAGAUAACCUGAAAUUUUGAUACAAUAGCUUAAAAUUUUAUAUUAGAUCUACCUGGCUUUUAGUUUUGUGUGACAGAAACAAGCUUCCGAAGAAAAGAGUUUGGUCAUGGUCAGCACAUUUGAAUACAGCUUUUUCAUAAACUUAGGUUUUCUUUCGCCUUAACAGUAUACUUUUACACUGCCUCAGUAGUCACACAUGUAUAAAUGAUUGAAUAAUCACAUUUUCAGCAGGAACAUUUUAACCCAGUGAAAAUGAAACUGAACUGCUUCACACACAUCCUUUCUUAACGUCUUAAAUAUGAAGUAAAAAUAAUCAAAAUCCCGCCAUCACUGUAACUGUCAGCAACAUGUAUGUAAACCUCCUCAUGCCCAUUUGUGAACCGAGUCUUUAUUGUUGUAAAUAUUGGUACAUACUGCCUUUUUUCUGUAAAUAGUGCACCCAUGGUCCUCAAGUGUUGAUAUGAAUCUAAUGGCAUAUUUUUAUAUAUUUGUGUAAGGUUUGUUUUUCCUGUUUGUAUUUUUCUCCCCUUCCCCUCUGGCAUGCGCUGUCAGUCAUGUUUAAGUUAUAACUGUCAUAGAUCUUACAAAAAAAGGAGGCAAGACGGCCUCUGACAGAUACUCAUGUUUUCACUCCAGAACAUGCUGAUGUUUGCCUUGUUACAGAUGUGACCAGGAAGGUAAAAAUAAAAGUAAAUAAAUAAGAAGCUGCAGUUUUGCACUGCCGCCUGGUCGUAACUCUGUUGGACAUGUUGCAGCUGUGAUGAUGCGUCUAUCAGAGUUGCUUCCUGUACGUAGCUGUCCUUGUUUUGUCACUGUGGUUUCCUCUUUGUAAUUAAAUCAGUUCACUGGCUCCA